AAAUCAUGUAUAAGGAUGUAAUUGAUAAAGACAUAUGCUUUUUUAAAUGUGAUCAAUCUAUGCUAUCUAUGUAUAAAAUGUUUCAUAAUCGAAAAAGUGGAAUCCAUUAUUUAUAUGAUGAUGAUGAAUUCCCUUCUAAAUAUAAAAAGUAUGUGAACCAAAGUUUUCAAUUUUGCAAAUCAAAAAUUUUAGUAAAAUCAAAACUUAUAAUAACAAAUAGGGAUUUAAAAUAUGUUAAUAUUUCGAAGGGAAAAAAUAAGGGGAAUGUAAUAUAGUUUACAACAAUAUGAAAAUGUAAAUUCAAUUGUAAAUUUUAGAGGAGGAGGUGAAUUCAAUUAAAAUGGAUGUAAAUAAGGGUUUUGGACAAAAUUCUACAAGUAUUUAACACCGUAUUGAUUAUUUUAAAUUAAAGUCAAAUUUAUAUAAUUUACUAAGGCGAAUAUAACAAUGGGUAAAAAAUUAAUAAAUGGAAUUAUGAAUGGAUUGAACCUUUAACUAGAAAUUGUAAAAUAAUGUAAUUAAAUCAUUCUAAUAUUUUAGAGGAGGUGGAAUCUAUGAUCAAUACGAAAAAAAAUAAGGGGAAUGGACAGAUUUAAGCAAUAAUUUUAAAUAGUAAAAUUGAGUAUUUUAUUCAUAGAGAUUUUUAAGUUAUUUUUACAGGAUAAUAUAGAAAUGGAAUAAAAUAAGGUUAGUGGAAUACAUUAUUUAGAAGAAAUUAAAAAACAAGGUUUAAGAUAGUGUAUGAGUUGAUUUAUUUAAUCAUUUAGUUGCGGAGGUCUUUAUGAUGAAGAAUAAGUAAAAUAAGGUUAAUGGACUGAACUAUCUAGCUAUUUUUCAGAGUUUAUUUUAAAAUAAUAUUAGUAGAAAAUGUAAAAUUUUUUGGUGUGGAGAGUAUAAAGGAGGAAAGAAGCAGGGAAAAUGGACAAUAAAAUAAUUUGAGGAAGAUUAAUUUGAGAAAUUAACUUAGAUCAUGUAUAAAUAAUAGACAUAUAAAGAGGAGGAGGUGAGUACGAUAUAAACAGCUUUAAAAUUGGUAUUUGGACCGAGCUGCAUGAUAAUUAUAAUGAGUAAUCCUCUUUUAUUUUCAGGAAUUGUUAAGCAUUGAAUGAAGGAUAAUAUCAUAAUGGAAAAAAAAUAAACAAAUGGAUAAUUAAAUAUAGAUACUCCGAUAGAGAAUCAUUCCAGAUUAUAGGAGGAGGAGUUUAUGAUGAAAAAGGAAGAAAAUAAGGCAAAUGGGAAGAAUUGGCAAAAAAUUUUUGCGAGUAAAUUUUAUUUAAUACUAUAAGUUCCUGCCAAUUAAUUCGUUUUGCAAAUUAUUAAUCAGAUAUAAUAUAGGGUUAACAUAUGAUAAAAUUGAGAAAGAUCAGUGGCUCUAAUUUGUAAUUAGAAGACUUGUAAUUUAAAAAAUUAUAAUAUAAAGAGAAAUAGGUGAGUUUAAAUUAGGAAAGAAAGAAGGGAAUUGGAUAGAAAUAGCUGAUAACUUCAAAUAGUAUUUAAAAAAUAUAAAAGAUAUUCUUAAAUACUUUAUAAAGGGUUGUACAAUAAAGGGAUUAAGGAAGGAAUAUGGUAAAUAUAAUUUAGGGAAUAAUCCAAUUAGAAGUUUAAUGAUAUGUAAUAAUAUUUAUUUCUAAGAUAAGUGGGGGUGGCCUUUAUGAAAAAGGAAGAAAAGUAUAAUCAUGGAUUGAUAUUGAUGAUGAAUUUAGCAGGUUUAGAUUUUUAAAUAUUUAGAACUCGUUAAUUAAUAUAUAAUGUAGACUAUUAAGAAGGAAAAAAGAUUAAUUUUUGUGAGAUAAAAUAUAGAGGGCUUUAAGAGAAUGAGUUUGAAAGAAUGUAUAAAAUUUAUAUAAAAAAAAGAGGGUAAGGGGAAUAUGAUGGAAAUGGUAUGAAAGAUAAAGAAUGGGUGUAACCAAAUGAAAACUUUUGGAGGUAUUUAUUAAAAAUGAGAAGUUUUAAUUUAUCAAUAGAUCAUGGACAAUACAGAAAUGGGGUUAAAAUAAAAUAAUGGUAAAUUAUUAGAGAUACAAACUUAAUUAUGUAUUUGAUUUAAAAAAAUAAAAAGUGAAUAAGGCGAUUAUAAUUAAGAUGGCCAUAAACACGGAAUUUGGGUAGAAUUUGAUGAUAGAGGAUAUAAGUAAAAAUAUAUUUUUAUUAGUGAGAAAUCUUAUAGCGAAUUGGUAAGGAACUUAUGAUCAAGGAAAGAAGACAGGAGAAUGGAUAUGGGAAAUAUUUCAAAAACACAUUAAUUCUUGGAAAUCUGUGUAAGUUAUUUCAAAUUCAAGCAUUUUAGAGGAAAUUUUCAUUAUGAUGAUGAAGAAAUGAGGAAUGGUAUAUGUACUGAAAUAGAUUAAAAUUACCUUUUGUAAAUAGUUAUCUAUAGUUUUAGGAACCAUUUUACAUAUAUUGGAACGUAUUCUAAUGGAAGAAAAGUUGGAAAGUUUAAGGAGAAAUUAAAUAAAAUUUGA